AGGUCACCAUUCCCCGCUAGGUUUUGAUCACUAAACCUUGGUGCGUGUGAUAUUUUUUUAACCUGCAGGGUUUGAAGCCCCUGCUGAAAAGCUGCGGGCCAGGGCUGUGCAGAAAAAGAGGCUCCCUCAAGUGCACCCGGCUGGGGGGCUGGAGCUCCGCAUGAGGGUUGUCUGCGUUUGUGGAGCUGUUUUUGCAGAGUAACUCCAAAAAAAUUGUGCCGCAUCCCCUCACGCGCCCAAUUCCUUUUGGAUCAGCUCAGCCGCUUGGUGCCGGUUACGCAGCAUCCUGGACGGGAACAUCCUGCAUUUCACUGAUUAGCAGCAGCUGUCUGGUCUCUGGGGCAGGAUGCUGGUGGUGGAAGCCAUCGUUGUGGUGCACUGGCUGCUCACAAUAUGGGCAGGCACAAUCCCCUGGAUUCCAGACUCCUACUUAUGGGGGAACUUCACCGUCCUGGCAAUGGGGGUCUGGGCCAUCGCUCAGCGGGAUUCCCUUGACGCGAUAAUCAUGUUCCUGACUGGCCUGCUGCUCACGAUCCUCACAGACAUCAUCCAUAUCAGCAUCUUCUACCCCCGGCAAAAGGCACUGUCUGACACACAGCGUUUCAGUUCCGGCAUGGCCAUCUUCAGCCUCCUCCUGAAGCCCUUGUCCUGUUUCCUGGUCUUUCACAUGUACCGGGAACGUGGGGGAGAGUAUGUCUUCAACGUAGGUAACAUCAGCGUAGGCCGGGACCGCAGCGCCUACCAGUCCAUCGAUCAGCAAGAUGCACCUCACCCCUUCUCUGAGCCAGACAGCAAGCCAGCCCCGCGUCCCUACUGAGGCACCCUCCCUUGCCAAGAGCAGAGCACAGGAUGGUGCUGACACUGCCCACCCCAUCCUUCCCUGCUCGUUUCUGUUGGAGGAAGCUCCAAGACCAAACCAGGAGGAAAGGAACUGGUGGUACUCCCCUCCCUGCUGAGCUUCUUCCCUGAAGCUGCUUAGAUGGAUCAGGUCCUGGUGGGACCUCAGAAAGGUCAUUUUGUUUUAAAGAUCUAGGGCUCUGUCUAGCCCCCUUCCCCCUGUCCCAGUUUACAAGAGUUUAACUGCUGUCUGUAUAAGCACCUUAAUUUCUCCUUCCCCAAGUCCUCAACACGGCUGCCUCUGCAAUCCAGGUAUACUGCGUUCCCCAAAAUAUUCACAGAGAAACUGGCCAUUUUCCAGAUGGUCCAUCUGAUUGUGCAGCUGCCUACUGACUUGGGGAGUGACCCUGGGUUCUAUGGAUUGAUCUCCUGGGCGAGUGGUUUGAUUGAUCUCUGGGAGUUCCCGGAGGCUGUUUCACGUUCAAAGAUGUGGCGGAUGCUUUUGUCAGUAACAGCCUGCGCUGGGUGAGCGUCUGCACGCAGCCUGGUUAAGGGUGGGGGGGAGCGGCUGAGCCCGCGAGCUGUUUGUACUCCUGCUGUUGACGCUUGGGUUUUAUUCACUGGUGUUUGUGUGUAGGUUCGUAGUGCACAGGGUUCUUGUAGGGUGACUCGCUCCUGCUGUGAGUACACUGUGCCUUCAAACACUCUGUGGCCUUCUGUUGAGCUUUUUAAGAGAACUUGACUUGUUUUUUCUAAAAGACAUAAAAUAAAAAUGUAGCACAGUACCUCUGAGCGAGUUCUGGGUUUCAAAUGAUACCUGUCACCCCGCUGCCUCCCAUCGCGCUAUCUGGAGAAUCCAGGGGCUUGCACGUGAGGCUUGCGGCUUCAUUUCUUGACUCCCUGGGAUGAAGUGGUAAAAAUAUUGAACAAACAGAGCCACCGCUCUGCAGAGUUUCUGGACUGAGGGGCUUGGGUAAAGCCCAUCGGGUGGCUGUUUAUUGGCUGUAUUGGUCUUCGGGCCUGGCUGCAAAUAUUGAAGUCGGUACAAUACAAUGUACUGGUACGUGUGUUUUUCAACCUUUUGCAGCUGAUGUUGAAUGGGGAGGGGGGUCUUCAGAAGGUUCAUUGUGAAGGAGAGCGUGAACAUGUUGUGGGGUGGGGAGAGAAACCCCCACAGGCUAUUAAAGUUGGAAAGCCUGGUAUUUUCCAAGGCAACAUCUUUUGAAUUAUGGAUCUACCCUUGGACAAUUGGAUUUCCCUGACUGCCUGCUGCUGCACAGAGUCUCUAGUGAGUAUGGAUCUGCCAUUUGAUUUUCAUCAGUCUCUGGACUCCAGCUCUUUGUAUUAAGUCCCAUGUUCGUGACUGUCGGACACUGCUAGUCAAGGAGCGAGGCAGCUUCCUACCUUUGUCACAAAUAUGGGUUUAAUGCCAGAAAAUGAGAAUUCUUGUGCUCCUCUAGGAACAGCAGUUAGCACCCACUGUGUGCGUGUGUGUGUGUGUGUGCGGGGGGGAGGUAACUGUCUGGUCAGGCAACAGGGAAUUAGGCCCCAUGAACAGAGGAGUCACAUUGAGGAUUGAGUCCUAAACCUGACUUCUCUCCAUCUCUGAUUUGGGUUUAGGCGAGUGGUUUAGGCAAAGAGUUUUACACUGUUUAGGAAAUCUGGGCCACUGAUAAAUGUGUAAAAACAAAGCAAAACAGGGCUUUAUUGGAAGAGGCAGAGCGCUAGUUUGACCCAGCUCCCCAGCAUCUAUAGAUUGGGCGCUUCAGCAGGGCUUUUUGGUGCUUGCCCAGAAGAGGCAUCACAUUAGUUUGACCCGGCUCACCCACCGUCUGUAUAGAUUGGAUGAUUCAGCGGAGUUUUUUCGCUCUUCUAUCUAAUAGCUGAUUGAAUCAAACUAACACAGUGCCUCUUUGGGGUAUGCGUUGCACUGUGUGCAGGGGCCUGCCAAGCUGAAAGUAAAGAGUCGUUUGUUUUUUUCCCCCACAUCUGUAGCCAGCCCAGUAGCUAGAAAUGGCCAGAAAUUCAACCAUGGAAACCCCCCUUCUCCCCUCUCCUUGUUUUGGAAAAUGCUGAUUUGUCAAAAUGAAUUGUUACCUGGAAA